AUGCAGAAAUACACGACCAGAGAGGUCUUUGAGGCCGCACUCGCGGAACCAUCCAAGUUGUCGUCCGCCACGACCAAACGUGUCCUUGAACAGUCCGAACAGGUCCCGCCCGGACUGCGCCCUGCACGGUUGGAAAUGGAAACUCCCACACGGGUUCUGACUCGCGACCGCAUAUCGAUGAACGCGCCACUAGGGAAGUCAACAGCCGUGGCUUUACCUAACCUCGAAUCGUUUGUCAGUGCACCCCGGGCCAGAUCCAGCGCUGUCGAGAAAGAUUCGAAAGAUUCGGCCGACAUCGCACACGAACAAGACCAAAAGUUACAAGUCGCUACUACCUCACCACCCCCCCAGUCCUUGGGAAAGCGACGUGUCCCUCAUACAAGCAAGGAUGAGUGGGCUGAUAGCAGUGCGGAUGAGUUAACUGUCGGCGAGAAGGGCGGAAAACUCACCACAGGCGAAUCCUUUCAGUCAGUCCCACUAGAAAGCACCGAUGGCAAAGCACACAAGAAAGCCAAGAGAGUGGGUGCCAGGGGAGGUCCGCGGUACAAUAGACUGGCGGGACCGACAAAUGCAUCUCCCAAAGCGCUGUCCAUGUACGAGAACGCUGUGGAUGCUCGCGAGCGUCUGAAAAUUGCGAAGUCCUACAAGGAGAAGAUCUGCGCAAUCAUCGACACCGACAUUCUUCAACGCGUCGAUUCUGAGGGUGGCAUCACGCCGGACGGAAGAUUUUACAAGGCUAUUCUUAUGAUGAUGGAUCGGAUGGAAGCUCGGAGUCCCGAUGAUGUCGCGACGUGCAAGCGGAGAACCGAAAGUUGA